AUGCAUCGUCUUUCCGUGUUAUGUUGCGCCGCUGCACUGUCGCUGUUCGCCGCCGCUCAGGCGACGGAAACAGCACUGGAAUUCGGCGGAAAACUGUUGGACGACUGCGGUACAGAUUGGACGUGCGCCAAGCCCAAACUUCUCAAGUUCAUCGGCCAGACCGCGGAGAAGGCCGAGCUCAGGCUGACCAGGGACUUGUCGCUGAAACGCACCCACGACAGCAAUGACGAAGAUCAAGUCGCCAACUCGAUUCCCAACGGUGAGGAAUAUAAGAAGGCCGUCGACGGUAACUCGGCCCUCCGGAUGUUGGACAGAAUCGACGACUUCUUGAGCACCCACGAGCUCCAUGUCAGCCUUCCCGAGGAACUUGGAUCGUCCGUUGGACAAGUGAAAAUGCCACUGGUCGACCAAGGCCACUCCGCCGUCGCCCAACAAGGCCGAAGCCGCGGUUUCGUCCGCAAAAUAGUCAUCCCGUUCCUCUUGGGCCUGAAGUUCAAGACCACCGUACUGAUCCCGAUCGCCAUCGCCCUGAUCGCGCUGAAGACGUGGAAGGCCCUAACCUUGGGUCUGCUGUCACUGGUCCUGUCCGCCGCAAUGGUCAUCUACAGGUUCACCAAGCCCAAAGUGGUCGGCGUGGAAAUAUUGCACUACCCCUCGCCGGUGCACACUCACCACCACGACGGAUACGCUCACGCCAGGGCUUACAGUGCGCAACAGCCCGAACAGUGA